AUCCCAACCACCGAACAAGUCCUUUUCUAUCAACACUCAACAGACCUUUAGCCCCAUCCCGGUUUCAAUCUCUUUCUCUCUCUCUCUUCAAAUCCUUUCUGAUCGGACUUGGGUUUCUUCCACAACCGUCUACAACUCAGAAAAACAAAACCCUAAUCUUCAGUUCAGGUCUCUGACAAUUCAAGCAUAGUACAGGAUAUUUGCGGCUGUUAUUUUUCUUCAAAUUCAUCAGCCAAGUUUCAUGUCUGAACUCGACAUCCAGAUUCCUACUGCUUUUGAUCCGUUUGCUGAAGCAAAUGCUGAUGACUCUAGUGCUGGGUCAAAAGAGUAUGUGCACAUCCGUACACAGCAAAGGAACGGUAGGAAAAGUCUGACAACUGUUCAAGGCUUGAAGAAAGAAUUCAGCUACAACAAGAUACUCAAGGAUCUGAAGAAGGAGUUUUGCUGCAAUGGUACUGUUGUCCAGGACCCAGAACUAGGCCAGGUUAUUCAGCUUCAAGGUGACCAGCGGAAGAAUGUGUCUACCUUCCUUGUUCAGGCUGGCAUUGUGAAGAAGGAUCACAUCAAAAUUCAUGGUUUCUGAGCUGCAGGAAUUUAAUAACAGUUCAAUGACUACUCCCUCUCGUGUAUAAAUAUUGGAGCUUGGAUUAGUAUAAUACUAUUUCUAUGUUAGUAUGAUAAUAUCACUCUUUGGAGUACUUUGGAGUUCUGUGUUUGCAAUGUGGUAUAAUGAUGGAUGCUUCUUAGUUU